CUGGCAAGAGACGUCACAAAGGCGGGCGAGGGGCUUCACGCGCCUAUUUGCGCCAGAGAGGACUCGCGGUGGUGGAAGAAGAAGAAGAGGAGGAGGAACAGCUGGCGCUCUGGGCGCGCGCGCUUGCAUCCAUCUAUCUUUCUAUCUAUCCAAUCUCCUUUCCCUAUUGGACCGCGCGCGAGGAGCCUUUGACGUCAGCCCGGGGUCGCACCGUCGGGCGGCUCGGAAGAGGGAAGAAGAAGAAGAAGGCGCGCGCCGACGGGAGCUGCCCGGCGCGGGCGGGCGGCAUGUCCGCUGAGGCCGCCCUCCAUGGAGAUCGCCUUGGUGACGCUGGAGAACGGAGGCGCCACGGCCGUCGGAGGAGAGGCGGAUAGCGGGCCCGGCGCGGAGAGCAGCGAGGCCCUCAGCCCAGGACGCCGCCCCCGCCGCUGCCCGCGACGCCUACCCCCCGCGCCGCCGCCCGAGGAAGGCAUGGCCAUCGCCAGCGGCGGGGAUUGCCCGGCCUACAGGGCCUGCCCUUCGACGGCCCCUGCGGAAGGAGGCGGUCCUUGUGGUGGGCCCUGCGGCGGCGGGGAGGAGCUAGGCGAGGCGGAGUGCGAGAGCGCCCUCUUGGGGCAGCAGCGCGUGCUCAUCAACAUCUCCGGCCUGCGCUUCGAGACCCACCUGGGCACCCUCAGCCAGUUCCCGGACACCCUCCUGGGUGACCCCGAGAAGCGCAUGCGCUACUUCGACCCCCUCCGCAACGAGUACUUCUUUGACCGCAACCGGCCCAGCUUCGACGGCAUCCUCUACUUCUACCAGUCCGGCGGCAAGCUGCGCCGGCCCGUCAACGUCUCCAUCGACGUCUUCGCCGACGAGAUCCGCUUCUACCAACUAGGCGAGGAGGCCAUGGAGCGCUUCCGUGAAGACGAGGGCUUCAUCAAGGAGGAAGAACGCCCACUGCCGGCCAACGAGUUCCAGCGGCAGGUCUGGCUCAUCUUCGAGUACCCGGAAAGCUCCAGCUCGGCCCGCGGCAUCGCCAUCGUCUCAGUGCUGGUCAUCCUGAUCUCCAUCAUCACCUUCUGCCUGGAGACGCUGCCUGAGUUCCGGGAUGAGCGGGAGCUGCACGUGCCCCUCCCGCUCCCGCCCAAUGGCACCCUGGGGGAUCUGCCCCGUCCACAGCCCCCCAGCACCCUCAGUGACCCCUUUUUCAUCAUUGAGACUACCUGUGUCAUUUGGUUUACCUUCGAGCUGCUGGUGCGUUUCUUCGCCUGUCCCAGCAAGCCCGAGUUCUCCCGGAACAUCAUGAACAUCAUCGACAUCGUAGCCAUCAUCCCGUAUUUCAUCACCUUGGGUACUGAGCUGGCUCAUGAGCAGCAGAAGGAGGAACAGCCUGGCAGCACUGGCAAUGGAGGCCAACAACAAGCCAUGUCCUUAGCCAUCCUCCGCGUCAUCCGCUUGGUCAGGGUCUUCCGCAUCUUCAAACUCUCCAGGCACUCCAAAGGCCUGCAGAUCUUGGGCCAGACUUUGAAAGCCAGCAUGAGGGAGCUGGGUUUGCUCAUUUUUUUCCUUUUCAUCGGCGUGAUCCUCUUCUCCAGCGCCGUCUAUUUUGCCGAGGCCGACGACCCCGAGUCGCACUUCUCUAGCAUUCCGGAUGCCUUUUGGUGGGCGGUGGUUACCAUGACGACGGUGGGUUAUGGAGACAUGAGGCCUGUCACUGUGGGGGGCAAGAUUGUGGGCUCCUUGUGUGCCAUCGCGGGCGUGCUCACCAUUGCCCUUCCCGUCCCCGUUAUUGUGUCCAACUUCAACUAUUUUUACCACCGGGAAACCGACCACGAGGAGCAAGCCAUGCUCAAGGAUGAGUCAAGUGCUCCAGGCAACUCGGCUACAGAUUUGAAGAGACAAGCCAGUAAAACCUCAUUGGACAAAUCUGUUGUGCACUUGGAGAAUGCCGAGGGGAUGAACAAUGUGAUGAGAUCUGUAGAGAAGGCCAAUAUCAAAGCUAAAAGUAGCAUAGAUCUUAGGCGGUCUCUCUAUGCGCUCUGCCUGGAUACUAACCGGGAAACAGACUUGUAAAACAAGGGAAAUUGAUAGGGAAAUAGAGUAAACUUGGGAGAACUAUUUGCAAAGGGCAAACAGGACUGCCAGUUAGUAUUUAUUUUAAAAAUUUUUGAAUAUAGUAGUUGUUUAAAAAAAACUUUCAGGAAAUACAAAUUGAUGUUGUUGCUGGGUUGUUUCUAUUUGUCUGUUGGUUUUCAAUGUUAUCUUUUACAUGACAUUAAGAGUGUUGCCUAUUUAUAAAUCCAGCUAAGACUAAGUUAGACACUUCCCAAUGUCUAUGAGCCUUUUAAAACCAGAGUGUUGUUGCGUACAGAUAAUUUAUUAUUUAAAGGUGGGUUUAAAAACAAUCAAUUUGUAUCCGCAAUCCUCUUAUCCAUACCUCUUUUUCCAUGGGAAGAAAAUAGAUUCUUUGUUGGUACUGUACUUUGAUUUGGAAUAAUUCUAUUUUCAAUAUAUAUGUGAUUAUAUUUAUAAAUGCAAAAGAGCACUUUAGAGAUGUACAAAUUUAUGGAUUCUCCAAGAACAUUUAGCUAAAGCAUUCCUCACAUUUAAGUGCAAAACUGGUUUUCUCUUGUAUGAAGUGUGUGUGGUGUGGUCAGCCACCUAGCAGAAAAAACACUGUUUCCACAGCUGUUUUUCGUUACCUUGGCAAAAACCCAACUCUUUUUCAUAAUAAAUACAUUUAAUGCUAUUUCAUA